GGAGUGUAUUCAGACGCGGGGUGUGCGCUGAGCGGGCCCCCCGACCACUCGGUGGUGGUGGUGGGGUACAGCCUGGCGAGUGAGAGCGUGGCAGGGGACACGCCGCACUGGAUCGUGCGCAACUCAUGGGGGGACGCAUGGGGCGAGCACGGCCACAUGCGCAUCGCCAUGACUGGGGGGGAUGGCGUCUGCAACAUGCAUGCCACGCCCGCCUCCUACCCCACCAUCGCCACCUUGAGUCCUUGUGUGAACACCAUCAACCCGUGUGGGGGCGGGCAGUGUGUGGCGGGUCGCAGGGCAGGCUCUGCCACGUGCGUCUGCCCGCCAGGCUUCACAGCAGUCAGCAACGGCGACGGCACGCAGACAUGCGCCCCAGCCAACCCCUGCAGCUUCUACCUGUUCAACCCGUGUGGGUUUGGGUCGUGCGUGAGUGGCGGCAGUGGCGGGUACACGUGUGUGUGCUUCAGAGGCUUCCAGCCGGGCCGGCGAGCUGCUGAUGGCUCAACCAUCUGCGUGCCGGGCCGCGCUUCCCCAGACAGCCCUGUUCAUGUGGUGGCAGCGGACACCACGUGUGCCGCCAUUCAAACUGCCUUCAGCAUUCCACGGCCUGCUCUGCUGCUCCAAAACCCAAAGCUUGUGUGCAGCAGGGCGGUAAAGAAGGGCACUCAGGUUAAUGUCAGUCAGCCUGCCAGCAGUGGGGAGUGCUCGUCCUGGUACUGCACUGCUCAGGGCGAGAGCUGCUCCUCGCUGCAGGCCACUCUGUCGCUGGACGCCUCCUCCCUGGCUCUCAUCAACCCGGCCAUUGACUGCUCCUCGCCACCCCCUCUUCCCCCCGCCACCACUGUGUGCACAUCCACGACAGGCAGCGCCCCCACGGCCUACCCUCUCUGCACGCGCUGGGUGCUCUCUGCUCCAGAUGACACCUGCGCCUCUCUCGCCGCCCGCCUCGCCCUCUCUCUGCCGCUGCUGCUCGCCCUCAACCCGGGCCUCCUCUGCUCCAACCUCCCCGCCCGCACGCCCGCCACCAUGCCCUCCUUUGGGGAACAGCUCCCUGGGAUAUUGGACGCCCAGCUGCCCAUGUGCUUCUCCGCCGCGUUCGCGUGUCUGGUUAGCAAGAGCAACUGCUACUACUACAACGCCACCUCUGUCUUCAACUGCUCCUGCUCCACCGUUCCCGCCACGUGCACCAAGUCCAACGCGCCAUGGGGCCAGUGCACGGACGCCACGUCCAGUGCGUGUCUGCCCGGCGUCUGCAACAACACCCCCACUGGCUUCCUCGGCUGUGCCUGCCCCCCAGGCUUCUCGCAAACCGCCACCAAAGCCGGCACCCCCUACUGCACUCCCGGUGUUAACGGGUCGCCACCAGGCCCCCUAUCCCCGCUAGCAUCACGACCACCACCACUGGCACCGUCACCACCACCACGACCACCACUGUCACCACCACCACGACCACCACGACAACCACCACCAGCACCACCACGACAACCACCGCCAGCACCACCACGACAACCACCGCCAGCACCACCACGACAACCAUCGCCAGCACCACCACGACAACCACCGCCAGCACCACCACGACAACCACCGCCAGCACCACCACGACAACCACCGCCAGCACCACCACGACAACCACCGCCAGCACCACCAGCAACACCAGCAGCAGCACCAGCAGCGGCACCAGCACCAGCACCAGCACCAGCACCACGAGUCCUUCCUCCAUUACCGUCAGAACGACCUUCCUCAUCACCACCGCUUUCAGUACCAGCAGCACCACUACCAUCACCAUCAUCACCAUCGUCAGCAGCCCCAUCACCAUCAUCAUCAACGCCAGCACUGCCAGCAGCCCCAGCAGCAGAACCAGCAGCAGCCCCAGCAGCACCGUCAAUUCUGCAGCCAGGCAUGCAACGCACCUCCUCCCAGCCGCUCCCUGCAGACCAGCCGCCCUCUCCAGAUCCAUCGUCAGGCAUUUCAGCGGGAGUUGUAGCAGGGAUCGCGGCCGGCGUCGUUUGUGUUGUGCUGCUCGUUGGGCUGGUCGCAUUCCUCCUGGUGCUAAGGGGCCGACAGCGCAAGGAGGAAAACCAUGAGGGCGACGCACUGCAAGAGGCUGUCAAGGCAGGAGGAGGAGAGGACGAGGAGGGUCAGCCAGCAGCCCCAGCAGCCUUAGCAGCAGCAGCAGGCGGCCCGGUGGUGUGUCGCGAGCUGCAGUACGGGGAGGUGGUGGCGGCUACCAGCAACUGGUCCCCUGCCAACCUGAUCGGGCGCGGGGGCUACGGCGACGUGUACCGGGGAGUGAGCCCCGCGGACCAGCGCACCGUGUGGGCGGUGAAGCGGGCGCGGGUCAUCACUAAGGACUUCCGCAGAGAGGUGGAGCAGAUGGCGUCGAAGCACCACCCGCACCUGGUGCGGCUGCUGGGGUACUGUGUGCACAUGGAUGCGCGCACGGAGCAGCACGAGCAGAUCGUGGUCUAUGAGUUCAUGCCCAGGGGCGACCUGCUGCGCCACAUGGCGGCUCACAGGGGCACACCCACGGGCACCUCGCCACCGUCCCUCUCCCUGCAGCAGCGCGUGCAGGUGCUGGUGGGCGUGGCGCGCGGGCUACAGUACCUGCACAGCUUCGGCAUCGUGCACCGCGAUGUCAAGCCCGCCAACAUCCUGCUCGACGCAAGCAUGACGCCGAAGAUAGCGGACUUUGGUCUGGUGAGGAUGGGCGACGAGGGCACGGGCGACACGACUCGCAUCCUGGGCACGCCGGGUUAUGUGGAUCCCGCCUACUCCAAGUCACGCAAGGCCGCCCCCGCCAAUGACGUGUACAGCUUUGGCAUUGUCAUGCUGGAACUGCUGACAGCUCGCAAGGCAAUCCUGCAUGAGGGCGACCAGAAUCUCAACAUCCGCCAAUGGGCAGAGCCAUUGGCAGCAUCUGGCGAUGUUGAGGCGCUGAGGGACCCUCGCCUUGACGCUCCGCCUGACACCGUUCUCCUGCUGGCCCAGCUGGCCCUGCGCUGCACGGGCACGCCUGUAUCCAGCCGCCCGCACAUGGACCAGAUAGUCGCCACUCUCUCUGACUUGCACACAGAGCUCUUUGGGGCGGAUGAGAGUGGCAACACGGAGUCGGUUGACUCCAUCCUGCAGCGCGUUGAGCAUCCGGAAUACUCCUUCGACGAGGCCAUUGCCAUGGCCGGUGCUGCUGGAAGCCACGGUUUGUGACGCGCGCAGUGGAUGGGAUGUGCGUGUGUCGAGGCCGUUGCAAUGGCUGGUGCUGUGGGAAACAGGGUUUGUGACCAGGGCCCGUGAUUCAAGGGUAUUUCACCCUGAUUACCCUUGCCAGCGGCCGUUUUUUCAGGAAUACCCUGAUUUGGUAAGGGUAAAAAUGUUGUGACCCUUUCUCAAAAAGUGUAAGGAAUAUUUUACCCUGCUGUAGUAAGGGUGCUCGGCGUAUUACCCUGACGAGUCAGGGAGCGCCGAAAACCACCCUGGAACUGAAACUCCAAAACCUUGAAGUUCGGCAACUAUCGAAUCUGCGAUGACGGGGGAAUCAAGGCGUGCAUCUUAC